AUGCCUUCCCAGAAGUCCUCCUCCUCCUCCGCCUCAUCCACGUACUCCAUCCCUCCUCAGCAGCUUGUCGCGCUGCCCAGUCUCGCCUCCUCGCUCUGUUCGCUGCCCCAAGCGAAGAGCAUCGACAGCCUCUCUCUCCACCCAUCCAUGCUCGCACAGCGCAAUGCCGAGUCCCAAGCAAAGCUGCAGAAAGCUUUGUCAAAGUCAUCAACGAGCACCAACCUCGCAUCUGCGUACGCCGCUCCCCUUCCACCGACGCAGUACUCUUCCUCGAACAACUCGCCACCAUUGAUGAUGCGGAAACCCGCAAAGUCAAAAAUUCAAGUCUAA